CGGAUCGUCAUCGUCGUUCUCUUCAGACUUAAUGGUUUUUGUGCUCGCAAUGCAGUCCCCACCCUUGGGAGAUUGGGAAUCCACUGAUUGUCACAACUGCAGGCUUUGACCCAGUGGAUCAAGUUGAACUCAGGAAGAAAUACCAGUACGCGAUGCAGCAUACGAUCAACCUUGAUCAAAAACAGCGGAACCUUGGCAGUGCAUCGCAUUUCAACUUAUAUUUGUGUCCUCCACACUAAACUUCAAAUUAAGUUCGCAAUUUUUCUUAAGUUCGCAUAAGUUCUCAGAAAGAAGGCUCUCCAGCAUCGCGAUCCGUCACCUCGCCGUCUUCCUCUUAUCGCCCCCAGCAUCUUCUGGACUCUCACAACCUGUACACUUUUUUCUCCAUCAUUUUCUGUCUCUUUCCAUAUCAUUUUCGCUCUUUGCUUCGCAAUGAAUGAGUCGCUUCUCGCCGCCAACAACGACCAUCUCGCUCAUGCCGAAGAGGAAGACGAAUUACUCUGGAACGAGCUUAAGGACGACCACCGUGCGCCCCCUUUUGGCGGAACAAGUCGUCCAGACUCAGCUCUAGGCGGCCACGCCGGCAGUUCGUCCACGGGAGUCCCACAGCUGCCGUCACUGCGUGUCAACGUGCAUCUUCCCGCUAUCUCGACGCUAUUCCGAGAGGUGCUGGACACAGCCAAGUCGGCACUUCCCGGUGGUCAACGCCGAUCUAAUGGACAGGGAGAAGCUCCAACCAGCGGCCGCAUGUCACCCGUGCCCGACCGCUACGGAAACGUAGCCAAUCUGGACGCGUUCCUCAUCACACUAUACAAUUACUACUACCACAAGGGCUUCUGGAGCAUUGUGGUAGUAGAACUGGUGAGUCUAGUGACCGGACUGUUCAGUGUGGUGCUUUCAAGCUUCCUUCUCGGCUGUGUGCAGUGGGGGCCGCUGCUAGAAUGUCAUAGACACCCCGAGAGUGGAGGUUGUGCACAGGAGAUGGAGAAGUACAUCACAUGCCGAGCUGAUAACAACGGGCUCUUGGGGCUCAUUGGAGCGUUCUACUUUGCCAUGUUCUUGGUAUAUUGGAUCUCAAGAGCUUUCCAGCUAAUAGGGACACUGAGAGACACUCAAGAGAUGGAGGUUUUCUACAAGGAACGGCUCCAUAUUGACGAACGACAAGUGCAGACCAUCACGUGGGACGAAGUGGUGACCAGAGUACUGGAUUUAGUGAACGGAGCCAAUGCUCCAGUGAACAUGCGGCAAUUGUCGUCGUUCAAGCUACAGAUUGACCCAGCACUGCUGUCGUCUCCCCAUGAUUUUGCCCGACGCAUCAUGCGACGUGAUAAUUACCUCAUUGCCUUCAUGAAUCACUCGCUAUUCCAGAGCAAGAACUUGCUGCCGACGUCGCUGCAGUUCCUGUCAACAUCGCACAUCAUGUGCUCGAGGAACUUGGAGGCCAAUCUGAAUAUCUGUCUACUGGAUCAAAUGUUCGACGCCGAGUUGAAUCUGGCUCCGUCGGUGAUUCACAACGUGGAGAUGCUCAAGAAACGCUUCGUGAUCGCAGGAGUGCUCAACUUCGUGCUAGCUCCCUUUAUCCUGCUGUAUCGUCUGUCGCGUUUCUUCUUUCUAGCGGCGCAGGAGUGGCAAACGAACCACGUGUACUACUUCGGCACACGUCGCUGGUCGGCGUAUGCUGUUUGGCGGUUCCGAGAGUACAACGAGCUCCCUCAUGUUCUCGAUGCACGGAUGGCACGUUCGUACUCGCUAGCAGACCGUUAUCUAGGCAUGUUUCCCGCCGGUGCACUGGCAAUUAUCGCUGGAGGCGUGUCAUUCUGUGCGAGCUCGUUGAUGGCUGUUCUACUUCUCGUGAGUCUGUUGGAAGAGUCGGUGCUGCUCCAAACUACACUAUUUGGUCAUGAAUUGCUGUGGUAUUUGACCAUUUCGACGGGUGUGUUCGCGUUAUCGCGUUCCUUUACGACGUCUGCGUCUCCGUUCCUGGUCAACGGGGAUUGUGAAGAAGCGAUGAUGCAGGUCUCUGCUGAAACGCACUACUUUCCGAAGGAAUGGCGGGGCCAGUGUCAUUCGUUCGAGGUGCGAGACGCGUUCACGGUACUGUUCCCUUACAAAGCCGUGCUUUUCGCGGAGGAAUGCGUGUCGGUCUUGUUGGCUCCGUAUAUCUUGUGUGUCUCGCUUCCACGACUUGCCCGCGAGAUCUUGCUCUUCCUGCGGUCACAUUCGCUCGUGCAUCCUAGUACUGGAGCUGUUUGCCGGUUCGCGGAGUUCGACUUUAAGGAGUACGGUAACGACGCCAAGAUGGAGAGCUCGUUUAUUAACUUCAAGCAGAACCACCCGAAAUGGGUCGGUGCUCGUGAAGGAGAGGCACUUAUGCAACGUCUGGGCAAGCUGAAGGAAGAAGAGAUGGAGAAGUCGAUGAGGAUGGGAGACACUAUGAUGUACAGCAGCCACAUGUCGAUGUCGCAGCAGCUUAUGCAGUCUCAAGCUAUCCAGAACGCGAUGGGUGGCGGACGUAUGAGCGGAUACAUGCCGCAGGACAACGAGUUCUACUGGUUGGAGAAGCUGCAUCAGCAAGGCAGGCUGGGCGAAUUGGAUCUGGAAGGCAUGAAAGGCAACCCUGCUGACAGUAUUUCUAUCUCGAGUCUUGGCUCUCCGUGAAGUGCCAGACAAGUAAAGUAUAUUCAUGUUUGCAUUGCAAUAAUGGAAUGACGUGCAUGGCACACACGAAAAAAUCUUCCUGCUUGCUUUCGCACAGGUUUGAACUUGAUUUAGUAUCGGUUACGAGCAUUGAAGCAGGGUGUCGAACAAACGGUAUCGAACAGCAGUUCCUGGGCAGACAGACCGCCCAGAUGGCAACGACACGGAGUAUGACUUGAUACACCAAUGGAAGGCGUUGGAUGCUUUCAACAGAGCAGCGAAGCGCUUUUCCAGCAACGUUUUGGAGCUUGUACUACUGCUGAGAUCACAUGGAGGGAUGCCGUGAAGAAAAUGUUCCUAUGAGCAGAAAGACAAGCAGGUUUAGCACUGUCACAUCUGUUGCUGUAGGUGCUGACUUACCGCGUCUUUGCCGUACACAAUUAUGCUCAAGGACUCGCUUCCUUCUUCGACAGUCAACGCGAACGAAUAAAUGAAUUCGUCACUAUUGCCAGACUUGGGUUUGCAGAUCUUUUCGAUGUCGUUAGGCCAAAUGCUGCGGACACGAGCCCAGCAGUGGAACUUCCGAGGGGUUUGAGGAGAACUGAGGAUCUCACGCAAAGGAGUCACAGGGAUAUUUUUCCGGAUACGAUCGGGAAUCACCGUGACAACUUGCUCUGGACUGACACGGUUCUCCGUUGGGGAACAAGUACGGAGCUGGUCAUUGUUGGCUGUUAUGCUUGAGUUCGGCGUGCCCAUCAAUGAACAACGUCGCCGUACGUCCAACGCGAAGUCCGGCAUCAACACGAAAGACGAUACCUCCCGGAACCGCAGGAUUUCUCUUCCUCCAGGAGCAAUUACAGCUCCGGGUAUAGGCUCGUCUACUCCGACUGCCAAAUUGCGAAAACGACACCAGUUCUUGAGCAUUCCAUCGACGAAGCACAUUUCACGCACGACAAGCCAGCAGGAUGACAUGAUCACUUCUUUGAGUAGUCCGUAUGGGGGGACUGCAACGCCUUUGUCCUGUAAUGCACGCACCAGAACUUGAUCCGAUUCCUCUGCGCUGCCUGAACCAUCCCAAACUGUUAACCGUACGGGCUCGUCGCAAUCAUCCACAUUCAGGACGCGGACCACAAGGUCAAUAAAUCCCUCUGCAAACUUCAAUUCGGAUAGAAGCUUGGGGGCAAGAGAGCAUCCCUGAGGUAAAGUAUCAUCCUCGGCUAAACUUUUCCGUGCCCAUUUCCUACAUUUGACUCACAGAAGGUCAAUAAAUCAACCAAAAGCGUAUCAAGUGAACGCAACGUACAGGAGUUUACGGGUUCGCAGUUCGUCGGAGGACUCGAAUGUCCAGGUAUCGGAGUUCGUCACUUGCUCAAGCGAACCAUUUGCCUUCUCUCGCAGAACAAGAUGCCGUGUUGCGCGGGAUCUGCGCACAUAAAGUCGUUGUUAGUGAAUACUUUGAGAUUCCAGCACGGUGACGGUACUUCUGACAACUUACAAGCUAAGACCUUGAAUUCUGUCUUGGUAUUGCUGAAUUUUUACUUUGUGAAAGCGAAUGAUGUCGCCAACAAACUACACCAUAACAGGUAAGUUUCCAACAGCUCACAAUGUUGGAGAUGCAUGCUAGUAUACCUUAAUCUUCGGUAUCUUCUCGAUCGUCGGGUAGAAAAUGUUGACCUGGAUCGCUGCUGCGCGCGUAGGACAGCUCUCAUCCGUCACACUCACAGUCAUCUACACAAGUUAGCGUAACAAACCAAUGCAGUUCUUCCUGAUGCCACAGACAACCGACUUACACAGAAAUCACGUCCGCUGGUUUUCUUGGGAAGUGUCAUGUUGACGACAACCCCGUAGAUGUCAGCAAAUCCGUCUACCAACUCGGAAAGGGGCGAGUACCGAUACGCUGGCGAUGUCAUUCUCGCGACCUCAAGUGUACGUUUUCCAUGAUUGGGUUUCUGUUCCACAUAAAAUACACUUGGUUAGCCCAAAAACGUUCUGGUUUAACUUUGUUAUCCGAGUAAUACCUUUCUCGGUGGUGCCUGUGCUUGAAUAAGGGUUUGUCUCGCUGGGGUGGCUUCACCACGACACAUCUUGUCAGUCACAACAAGUAAUUCUAAUUUCUGCAUUAAAAAACUGUUGCGUACCAGAAUGUAGAUCUCUCGU